UGUUCGAACUUUCAAUUGGUACGAGAUAGUCCGAUAGCUACCACUCGUUAAGCUAGGGCUGGGGCUUUUCUUAGGGUGCAACAUGAGUAGCGAGGAAGAAAGCGACGAGAGAGGGGUGGAGGGGAGAAAGGUCGGGAUCAGAGAUAGACUGAGACAUUUCACUUGGGCGUGGUUUACGGCGACGAUGAGUACGGGGGGUCUUUCAAUUCUGAUUGCUGAGACACCACAUAAAUUCCGCGGCCUCCACGAAAUCGGUCUAGCAAUCUUCAUCCUCGACCUCAUCCUCUUCCUGACUUUCAGCACAUGCAUGACGCUCCGCAGCAUAAUCGACCCCCCUCGCUUCAAGCAAUCCCUCCACCACCCCGCCGAAUCCUUCUUCUUCGGCGGCUUCUUCCUCUCAGUGAAUACCAUCCUUUCAAACGUCCAACUCUACGGCAUCACCCACGGACCUUGCGGACCCUGGCUCAUCACCACCCUCUACAUCUGCUACUGGAUCUACGCAAUCUGCUCCUUCGCCACGUCCGUCGCGCUCUACUGGAUGUUCAUAGUCCGGCAUAACCUGCACCCCGUCCCGUUCAGCCCGUCGUGGUUCCUAGCCGGGUACAGCGCCAUGCUGACGGGGACCCUCGCCGGCAUCAUCGCGGGGAGCCAGCCUGAGGAGCGCAGGAUGGCCGUGUUGGUGAGUGGGGUCACGUUCCAGGGGUUUGGUUGGAUGCUGUCGUUUCUGCUCAUCGUCAUGUACAUUUACCACCUCGUGGAGCAUGGCUUGCCUCCGCCGUCGGCGAGGCCCGGCAUGUUCAUCCCCGUUGGCGCCGCGGCGUUUACAGUGUUGGUGCUGGUUAAACUCGCUGAUGCGAUUCCCGUUUCGUAUGGAUACUUCGCGGGGCAUCCCGGUGCGGUGGAGACGCUGCAGACGCUGGCAGUGUUCACUGGUGUGUUUUUGUGGAUGUUUAGUUUUUGGUUGUUUGUGCUUGCUGUUAUGGGAGUGGUCAAGGGGAUUAGGGAAAUGAGUUUCGUGUUGCCGUGGUGGGCGUUGAUUUUUCCGAAUGUCGGAUUUACGUUGGCGACGGUGAGUUUGGGGCGGGCGCUGGGGAGUGAGGCGAUUUUGUGGGUCGGGAGCGUUAUGACGGCGCUGUUGGUGGUGGUUUGGCUGGUCACGGCUGUUGCGUGCGUGAGGGCCGUGUGGUUGCGUCGGAUUAUGUGGCCUGGGAAGGAUGAAGAUAGGGGUAUGUUCAAGGAGGAUUGAAACUGGGUCCGAGUCUUCUACUUUUUGUCCUUUUCCAUCACAGAGAGAACCCCUUUUUGAAUCGAUCUUCUUGAU